AUGGGCGUGGGGAAGGUGAUGAACGACGUGAAGCCGUACCUGGCGAUGGUGCUGCUGCAGGUUGGGUUCUCCGGGAUGUACAUCCUCUCCGUCGCCUCCCUCAAGCGCGGCAUGAACCACUUCGUCCUCGUCGUCUACCGCAACCUCGUCGCCACCGUCGUCAUGGCCCCCUUGGCCCUCAUCUUCGAGAGGGGAGUGAGGCCCAAGAUGACGCCUCUCAUCUUCCUCAAGAUCAUGGGGCUUGCCGUGCUCGAGCCAGUGCUGGACCAGAACAUGUACUACCUCGGCGCGAAGCUGACCUCGGCCACCUUCGCCUCGGCCCUCGUCAACAUCCUCCCGGCCAUCACGUUCCUGAUGGCGCUCGUCAUGCGGAUGGAGAAGCUGAGGCUCCGGAGCCUCCGCAGCCAGGCCAAGGUCGUCGGCACAGUCUGCACCGUCGCCGGCGCCGUGCUGAUGAUCCUCUACCACGGCCCCGUGGUGCCGUUCCCGUGGUCCGCGGGCCACCACCACGCCGCCGCCGCCGCGGUGGAGAGCCAGAGCAGCGCCUCCUGGCUCAACGGCACCGUCAUGAUUAUUGGCAGCUGCCUGUGCUGGUCCGGCUUCUUCAUCCUCCAGUCGAACACGCUGCAGAGCUACCCUGCGGAGCUGACGCUGGCGACGCUGAUCUGCUUCCUCGGCUCUGUGCUGACCGGCGGGGUGGCGCUGGUGGCGGAGCGCCACGACAUGAGCGCCUGGGUCAUCGGUUUCGACACCCGCCUCUUCACCGCCGUCUACUCCGGGAUCGUGUGCUCCGGCGUGGCCUUCUACGUGCAGGGGAUCGUGACGCAGGCGCGCGGCCCGGUGUUCGUGACGGCGUUCCAGCCCCUGGUCAUGAUCAUCACCACCGUCCUGGGCUCCACCAUACUCAAAGAGGAGACCACCCUCGGAAGCGUGAUUGGCGCGGUGAUCAUAGUGGUGGGGCUCUACUGCCUCAUCUGGGGCAAGAGCAAGGACCACCUCGGCAACGGCAAGCCCGGCGCCGCUGCCGUCGCCGGCGAGCUGCCCCUGACCUCGGCUCCCGCGGCCAACGGCAACGGUUACGGCAAGCACGCCGCGCUCGGCGGCGGCCACCAUGUCACCAGCGGCGUCGAGACACCGCCACGGUCUGUGCCCAAGUGCGUUCACUGA